CUUUCAGUGAGUGAGACUCAUUAUUGAACUAUAUUUGAAUAUCCCGCCCUGCCAGUCGGACUCCUCCGAGCUCCGCCGAGGCGGAGAUUCCCUCCGUUCUCUCCUCCAGUAGGCUACAGUUCACUCUGCAGUGUGUCUCGAAAGCUCCGCUUGAACGGCUCGCCGAAAGCUAACGACCGUCGGAAGCGCUUUCAAAAACAACAUAACUUGCAUGCGGAGUAUUUUUACUCGCUAAUAUAAACAGAAUACCGCACGCUUGAGCAUUUCGUACGCCGCCCUUUGUUGCCGUUUUCUCAACCGGAGAUGCGUCGUCUGGAGAACUAGGAGCGGAGCGCGCAGCAAACCGACGCCGGGAUGAGUGGGAGCUCCGCGGCGUCCGGAGCGGCGCCGUGCCGCUUUGCCCACUACUUUGUUAUUUGCGGGAUAGACACGGAGACUGGACUGGAACCGGACGAGUUGGCAGCUUUGUACCAGUGGUUAGAAGCAGACCGACAAGGCAGGGAUCCAGACACUGCAGCCACAGGUGAAAACUUCGAGCAGAGCCCACUGAAGAGGACUUUCAAGUCAAAAGUUCUGGCACGUUACCCCGAGAACGUGGAGUGGAACCCCUUUGACCAGGAUGCUGUCAACAUGCUGUGUAUGCCCAAGGGCCUGUCGUUCAGGACGCAGGUGGACCAGCGCGAUCCUCAGUUUCACUCGUUCAUCAUCACCAAGGAGGAUGGCUCACGAACCUAUGGCUUCGUCCACACCUUCUAUGAGGAGGUGACCAGUCCACAGAUCUGCUCUGCCAUGCAGACUCUCUACCAGAUGCACAAUGCGGAGCACGCCUCGGCCAACCCCACGUCCUCCUCCUCAUCCUCCUCCUCCAGCAUGGACUCUCUGGCUAGCAGUUUAGAUGAAGUAGACUCUCCUACUUCCUCAUCCUCCUCAUCUACUUGUCGUGCAGCGGGGGGCUAUGACUCAUCAAGGGACACCCUGUAUGUGUCUAAGGCCUUGUGUCUGAUCACACCCAUGCCCUUCAUGCAUGCCUGUCGCCGCUUCCUGUCACAGCUACACAGGGCCGUCACAGCUGCCACUGCACCUCCCCUGCCGCUGGAGAGCUACGUUCACAAUAUCCUGUAUGAGGUCCCACUGCCUGCACCUGGACGCUCACUCAAGUUCCACGGUGUGUACGAGCCCAUUGUGUGCCAAAGACCUGGCUUGGGGGAGUUGCCCCUGGCUGACUUCCCCCUGGCAGAGGCCUUCAGUCUGCUGGGAGUGGAGAAUUUGGUCCAGGUGUUCACCUGCACCCUCCUGGAGAUGCAGAUCCUGCUGUACUCACAGGACUACCAGCGGUUGAUGACGGUGGCGGAGGGCAUCACCACCCUGCUGUUUCCCUUCCAGUGGCAGCAUGUCUAUGUUCCCAUCCUGCCAGCCUCCCUGCUCCACUUCCUGGAUGCACCUGUCCCGUACCUGAUGGGCCUGCAGUCCAAAGAGGGCACUGACCGCUCCAAACUUGAGCUUCCUCAGGAGGCCAACCUGUGUUUUGUGGAUAUUGACAACCACUACAUCGAGCUUCCCGAGGACUUCCCCCACUUCCCCAACAAAACCGAGUUCAUUCAGGAGCUCAACGAAGUGCUGUUGAGCUUUGGCAUGUCUGCCAAAACUGGUGCACCACCCCAGACCCGCUCAAGUCCCAGCAGCACCCCUUCCACCCCAGGUAGGGAGCGCAAGACGGCCGCCCUCCUGCAGUUGGAAGACGAUGGAAGGAACGGGAACCUGGCAGGAGAGGAGCUGGCUGUGCUUGAGCUGCUGCAGGGUAACGCCACCUUGGAGAGACUGCAGGCGCUGACCAAACGCACCGGGGUGACGGUUGCCCGCGUGGAUGCUCUAAGGGCCGGCGUCAAAGCCCAGGGCACUGACGGGCAAGGAGGCCGGACACCAGCUGAAGAGGAGGAGUUGAGGAAUGCCAAGCUGAACGUCCAGCUCAGAGAGGUGUUCGCCAGCCGGUUCACCACCAUGUUUGCUGACUAUGAAGCCUUUGUCAUCCAGAGCGCCCCGGAUCUGGAGUCCUGGCUCACCAACAGGGAGCAGAUGCACAACUUUGACAAGGCUUCAUUUCUGUCAGAUCAGCCAGAGCCCUACCUGCCCUUCCUGUCGCACUUCAUCGAGACACAGAUGUUUGCCACCUUCAUUGACAACAAGAUCAUGUCCCAGUGGGAGGAGAAGGAGCCGCUGCUGCGCGUCUUUGACACCCGCAUUGACAAGGCUCGCCUCUACAAUGUUCGUGCUCCCAGCCUCCGAUCCUCCAGCUAUCAGAGGUGCUCCAUUCUCAAGGAGUCUGCUCACACCAUUGAGCAGCGGCUCAAUAAGAUCGACCACACGGCCAUCCACCCACACCUGCUGGACAUGAAAAUUGGCCAAGGCAAAUACGAGCAGGGAUUUUUCCCCAAACUGCAGGCCGAUGUCCUCAACACCGGGCCUACCAAUAACAAGUGGUCUCACAGGACGAUGACAACUCAACGUAGAAAAGAUCGUCACAGACAACAAACAGAACAUCUGAACCUUGACAACGACUUGAAGGAGCAGGUGGAGGGCUGUCUGGUCCUGCAGAACUCCAUGGCAUUUUGGGAGUGGGACAAAGCGUCCCCUCCGCCUAUCAAACCGCCUAAAAAAUCUGCCUCUGCGUCCUGCCUGAAGUACAUGCAGGAGGCCCGCGGCCUGGGGAAGAACCUGAGACAACCCAAACUGUCGGAUCUGUCCCCCGCCGUCAUCGCCCAGACCAACUGGAAGUUUGUGGAGGGGCUGCUCAAGGAGUGUCGCAUGAAGACUAAGCGUAUGCUGGUGGAGAAGAUGGGUCGAGAGGCGGUGGAGCUGGGCCAUGGAGAGGCUAACAUCACGGGGCUGGAGGAAAACACUCUGAUCGCCAGUCUGUGUGACUUGCUGGAGAGGAUCUGGAGCCACGGGCUGCAGGUCAAACAGGGGAAGUCAGCCCUGUGGUCCCACCUAGUCCACUAUCAGGCCCGCGAGGAGAAGCUGGAGCAGCAGCAGGCCGAGUCACCAGUGCCUCACGUUCCUGAGAGGAGGAAGUCUGAUUGCUCCAUAGCACUACCUGCUCCACGUGUGUCUCUCAUUCAGGAUAUGAGACAUAUCAAGAACAUGUCUGAGAUUAAGACAGAUGUUGGCCGAGCGAGAGCCUGGAUCCGUCUGUCCCUGGAGAAGAAGGUGCUCUCACAGCACCUCAAACAGCUGCUGUCACGACAAGCCUUAACCAAGAAGCUCUACAAGCGUUAUGCCUUCCUGCGCUGUGAAGAGGAGAAGGAGCAGUUCCUCUUCCACCUGCUCUCUCUAAACGCUGUCGACUACUUCUGCUUCACCAGCGUCUUCACCACCAUUAUGAUCCCAUACCGAGUCGUCAUCAUCCCCAUCAAGAAGCUGAGCAAUGCCAUGACCACCUCCAACCCCUGGGUGUGUGUGUCAGGGGAGCUGGGAGACUCGGGCAUCAUGCAGAUCCCCAAGAAUGUCUUGGAGAUGACCUUUGACUCGGCUUUCAGGUCUCACACGCACAUCUCCGCCGUGUUCAAGUGUCAGAACCUGGGGAAGCUGACCACUGUGCAGCUGGGUCACGAUAACGCUGGCCUCCUGGCUAAAUGGCUGGUGGACUGUGUCAUGGUUCGCAAUGAGAUCACAGGACACACCUACAAGUUCCCUUGUGGUCGAUGGCUCGGGAAGGGCGUGGAUGACGGCAGCCUGGAGAGGGUCCUGAUCGGUGAACUGGUGUUGCCCAGCGGAGAGGAGGAUUCUGGGAGGGGGUGCCGUACGCCUCCACUGCAGCGCUCGCCAUCCCAGGUCAGGCGCAUCAGCAUCACAUCACUAUCUGGACGAGGACCCAAACCAACUUCAGCACAAAUACAAGAGGCCAUCGGGGAGGCAGUGAAUGUCAUCAUCAAACACUUCCACAAGCCAGAGAAAGAGAGGGGAAACCUGACCGUCCUGCUGUGUGGAGAGAACAGUUUGGUCGCAGCUCUGGAGCAGUUCUUCCAUCACGGCUUCAAGUCAGCGCGGCUCUUCCAGAAAACCGUGUUCGUGUGGGACUUUGUGGAGAAGGCCGUUGCUUACAUGGAGUCAGCUGACCAGAUGGGAGACCUUCGGGAGACCGCAGAGCCCCUGGGGAUGACCUGUCAAUCACUGUGUCGAUAUGUCAAUGCAAUCAACUCCACCCCUAGGAACAUUGGCAAGGACGGGAAGUUCCAGCUGCUGGUCUGCCUCGGUGCCAGAGACCGCUUGCUGCCCCAAUGGCUCCCCCUGCUGGUUGAGUGCCCUGUCAUCCUGAGAAUGUAUGAGGACACGGCCCUACUCAGAGACCGCGCCACUGUCAACUCUCUCAUUGCUGUCCUUGAGACGCUGCAUGACUUCUCUAUCACACUGGAAGCCUCCCUGGUCAAAGGCAUCGAUCUUUAGCCCCGAGGAGGGACCACCGGACCACCACAUUCUGCUUCAACCCCCCUUUCUUCAGCAGUAGAGACAAACGAUGAGGGAUGGAGGAAAUAGAGGAAAGGAGAACCGAAGUAACAGGUUCACAGCUUUAUGUGAGAACCAUCAGGACUUUGGAUCAACCACACGCUUGGAUGCAAUAUUUUUAUCCCACUUCUGGCUCUGAAAGACUCUUCAGUAACUACAAAUCCAGAAUACUUUGCAUCACUGUGUACAUGUGUUUUAUAAACAUAGCAUCCGGUUUUAGAUUUUUGUCCUACUUUGCAGGUAGCCUUUGUUUCCAACUCAGUUCAGUAGACUAUUCAGAUCUCUACUGUUCAGUCCUUCUCUACUGUCUGUCUGCAAGUCAUAAGUCACAAAGUUGUUUCAAAAAAUGCUCACUGUGGUUUUGCAAAAGUUGCAUUUGUUGGGGACUAUUUUCAGCAGCAAAUCAACUCAUAUGUGGUACUUUAAAGAGGGUUUUCAGGACUUUCAUUAUCCUUUAAAAUAGAAAAUUCAACACAGUGAGGAUUAACUGCAAGUCGUCCUUUCUGCCAUAUAAUUUUCAUCGUAUACCAAAAUGAAGGAAAACAAUGGCUAUCUGGAAGAAAGGAAGUCAGUCUGCAAAUGUAGAGUGUGCUUUGAAAAGUCUCAACUGUAAAACCUGCUGAUACGACAGUGAGAGACUUGGAAAUCAUAGCAGUGGCAUUUUCCUGUGUGGUUGCUGUGUGUAGCAUCUAGGAUAAUUGUCCUUCCUUGCCUGCAACUAGUGGUUAUAAUACCACUAACCCCUAGCUAGCAUUAGCAUUAGCAUUAGCGAGCAUGCCUUUGUGUGUGGGAAGAAAAGAGGACCUGAGUCACUGACUGGAAGGAGGAUCGCCGCCAUGGAGUCCACGUCCAGUUCUGAGCAGUCAGCGCCUUUCCAUGUUUCCCUUUCUACUUGUUGCAUGAUUCUCCUAACAGUCCGCCCAUUUUAUCACUUUAUCUUAAACACAACAUACUACACAAUCUGAACGUGCUUUCAUGGCACUGAGUCCAUAUUCAUCAUACGACUGGAGAAGGGAACUUUAUGGCUGAAAGCUCUUACAAAAGCCUGUGAACUCUGAGAGGUUUACACAAACCAGCAACGGUUUCUAAUCAGUGUAGUGAACACUGGAAUAUACUUAGCAUUGAUACUGAAUAAGAGACAAGGAAUCUGGACGCACAGAAUCCCAUGAAAUCUCUCUUUAUACCUCCAUUUGUAGUUUGUCGUUUCAUGCUCAACAAUAGAAUGUGAGCACAGAUGUUACAUUUUGCAAGAUUUUGUAAUUGUAUGCAGCAGUAGGUAGCAGUUACAGAUUGAUUUCUAGUUCAGAAACAGGAUGCAGCAUGACAAGACUUCUGGAAAUCACUCUCGGACGACUGGCUGCUGUUAACCAACAAAUACGUGUAAUGUUACUGGAUAAAACAUUUUGUAACUAUUCUUUAAAUCAUCAUCUUUAUCAUCUCCUCCUGACACCCUUUAAACACCGCUCACAGAUACGGUUUAUUUUCCUGAAAGAGUUCAGUUUUUAGGAAUACUAACUGAAUAAGGGAAGUGGUGAUUUUGUCGAGGACUAUUUUCUGUGGGGGAUUAAUCCACAGCCGGUUGAGCAGUGAUCAUACGCUGCACAAGUGCAUCUCUUUACGUGGGCUUUUUAGUUUUGUUCUGCUUCAGUUCAUUGCUGACUUUGUUUUUUCUGUGAGAUCUGCUGACAAUAAGAAAAAAGUGUUUGUCCCGUAAUCAUUUAAAGAAGUAUCCAGUAGAUCGGAGCACAAAAUAGAUGCAUUUUUGUUACAAGAAAACUGUUGACUCCUGUAUUACUGAAUGCAGCAUGAAGGAUAAAACAGGGUGUUACUUUUUAUAUAAGACAUGAGAGAUUUCAGUUCAGUCUCCAUCUCUUCCAAACACACAAACUGAAUACGUUUUCAUGCAGCAGCCAACAGAGAUGUAUAGGAACAUCUUUAUUUCUUUUAAAAUAUUUUAUUACCUCUUGACCUUUGACCGCAUGAGAGAUUCUGCCACUUUUUCCACUUACUGCCACAUGAAUGAAUGCUUUCCGGUGUAAAUAUUCUCAUUAGUGCAUGCUGACAUUUAGCCUCAGGUGAACUAAUGUGACCCUCUAAAGAAUUAUAGGUGGACUUUUUAUUGAGAGGGCAAAAAGAACGACUCCCCGCGUUGUUCUGUAUUUCUGCUGAUUCCAGUAUUGAGUCUGUGACGGACAGACUGUCCAUCACGGUUUGCUUUAAAUGUCUUGAUUUUUAGUAUUUAUUAAUUUAAUAAUAACUGUGGCAAGCCGCCGGCUGCACUGGUGUUUUGCGGUCGAUAAAGCCUGUGGAAUGUGUUAAAGCAGUAACCACUAUUUUCAUAUGUUUUUUUUUGUUGUUGUUGUUUUUUUAACCACCUGUGCCCCUGAUGACUCGCCUGCAGGACUCUCCACAGCUGCUCAGUAACGGUAAUUCCUCUGCCUUGUCCUGGAUUUGUACAGACUGUUAAAUAGUGGCUACAGGGUAGACUUCUGGAAGAGGACAUAGACCUAGACUAAUGUGCACAUUACACACUGGACCGAUGAUACAGGCAGUGUUGUUGAGCCUGUCUGGAUCUGCUACUGACAGCCAUCUAAGGCAGCAGCCUGCGUUCUGCUCCUCAUUUGACACCACGUGACGAUUCUUUUCUUGUCGUUGUUAGACUGACUACUCUGUUCUGAUAUUUAUUAUGACUACUUCAAUAAAACACCCAGUGUGUUAAAAAUGUAAAA